AUGAAGGACCUGGACUACUCUGAGGAAUGGGCGGGUGAACUGGUGAUGCGUCUGCGUGAGGAGCCGCCAGCGAAGCCAGCAAGCAACUCUGUUCCGCUGCCAGCGGUCAGCCAGUCCGUCACGUCGACGAAUGAUCGGAAGAAGAGUACACAAGCUCUCGCCACCGCCCUCCUCGAACGAGAAGAACCCUCCGCAACAUCCCCGCUACAGCCGCAGUUGCUCAGAUAUCCUGGGGAGCAGGAUUAUCAGUACCAACUCCGGCUGCUUGAGCACCAGUACAGGCAGUUGAAAGAGUCCGCCAGGACCGAUCAUGAUCUGGCCUCUGAGUACCGACAGGUGCAAUUGAAAGUGGACCAAGAGUACCAACGUCGGCAAGCUCUGCUCGAUGCUACGUGCCAGAGUCUUUCGAUCGUCGAGGCAGUCCUCUCCCAUGACUUGGAUUUUUGGCCAAGUAGGCAAGAUGGGUCCAUGUCCAAGUCGGAGUACGAUCACCAGACGUCAGCGCGCAAGCACCAGGACAAGUGCUUCUGCGACCGCCACUUCAAAUCUUCAGCCUUGGUCGCAACAAACAGAUCACCAAUGAAUCCCGAUUCAGUUGAUCCGGAUGCCCUCGACCCACUGAUCAAACAAGAGGCCUACACGGUCGACCUCUACCACCAACGGAUCCUGCUCAAACUACUCCGGCGUUCGCCAUUGCCCCUCGCACACCCCCGCCACCUGCACCCGAGAUCCAAUAUCCUCCUCUUCACACCAGUCUUACCUCCCAUCGGUUGCUCUCCCUCCGCCUUCCCCAUCCACACAGAUCCGUUCGAGCCCUUCGGACGCGCGCUGUCCUGGCACCAUCGACGCGUCCAGCACGUGCCCUACGAGCCUAGCACCGGUUUUACAGGGACGCACGAGACGUUUGUCCAGCAGCCUUGGGUCGUGAUGGUUAUUGUCGUCGUCUGCACGCCAGCUUGGGGAGAGCGGGUCGUGAGCGUGGGGAGGCAGGAAUUAUUUGCGGGGAAGGUGUUGGAUGGAUUCACGGAGAUGAAGCAGAGGGCAGGGCAUGAGUCUGUGUUGGUCAGGGUUGGGGAGCCUGCUACGCAAGCGGAGAUGGAGGAAGGCGAGUGGAGGACCAUUGUGCAGGCUCAGGGUUGGGAGCACGGGACAGGGGAGGCGGUGGCGGAGAGCAUCUUUAAUCCCCCGGGAGGCGAGCUCGGGGACGAAUGA